AUGUUGGAGGUUGGGUCGGCUCAGCGGGUCCGGCUGCGGAGCACCAAAGCCAAGCCCGCCAUCCUCAAGCAGACCCCCACUUGCCCUUUCAGUGCUGAGGUGACUACUUGGGAGGGGGGAGGCGCGAUGUUACAGGCUGCCUCGACAGGCCAUGCAAACGAGGAGUCACAGCAUAUUACUACCUACCUCCACUACCAUGCACAAUCUUACGGUGUAACCUGGACUUCGAGGUUUUAUCAUGGGAUCCGGGGCGGUUCAUGCACCUCGGCGGCAUGGUGGGCUAGCCGCGGGACGUACCCCAGGUUCCCCGGCGGCACGGUGGCAGGUCCAAAUGUCCAAAAUGUCUUGGUGCAGGAUGAUCUGCAACAGACAGCCAUGUCUUCGGAGCACACGCCGCUCCUCACCAAGGUCCGGGUCGCCGCGCCCCGGCCCCGGUACCCCCAUGCCGUGUUGCGCCGCUUUUGCACCGUCGCUCUUGCAUCCAUCUUGAUAUGGUUCUUCAUCGCCGUGGCCGUGUCCAUGACACUUUUGGAAGGCCACUCCCACCACGAACCUAAUGACAAGUGGUCAUGGCCCGGCUGUGGCAAACGGAAGUUAGACUACGAUCAGCUGCAGCGCAUCCUCCUGGACACCCCUACUAGCAAAAACGCCGAGGAAUGGAGCAGGUACUACACUUCUGGGCCUCAUAUCGCAGGCAAGAACUACUCCCAAGCGCUCUGGACCAAGAACAAGUGGGAAGAGUUCGGGAUCCAGGCUGAUAUCGUGUCCUACGAUGUGUACAUCAACUACCCGGUCGAUCACCGCUUGGCUCUUUUGAAGAAAAAGAAGCAUGACGACGGUACCUCGGCUUGGAAGGUGUCAUACGAGGCUUCCCUUACUGAGGACGUGAUCGAAGAUGAUCCGACAAGCAGCUUGUCCGACCGGAUUCCCACCUUCCACGGCUACUCUGCCUCGGGCAAUGUCACCGGCUCGGUGGUUUAUGUUAAUUAUGGCACUUACCAGGAUUUUGCGGACCUGGUCAAGGCCAACGUCACACUCAAAGACAAGGUGGCCAUUGCCCGCUAUGGCGGCAUUUUUAGGGGUUUGAAGGUCAAGCGCGCUCAAGAACUCGGAAUGCUGGGCGUCGUUCUGUACAGCGAUCCCGGCGACGACGGUGACAUCACCGAGGAAAAGGGAGAGAAGCCCUAUCCAGAUGGGCCCGCCCGCCAGCCCAGCAGUGUGCAACGGGGAAGCACCCAGUUUCUCAGCUUUGCCCCAGGCGACCCGACAACGCCGGGAUACCCGUCCAAGCCAGGCGUCCCCCGCCAGCCGGUGCACACGGCCAUCCCGAGCAUUCCGUCUAUCCCCAUCUCGUACCAGGAUGCGCUCCCCAUUCUGAAGGCCCUUAACGGCCACGGCCCAAAGGCCGACGAUUUCAACCAGUACUGGACUCGUAACACGGGGCUGGGGUACAAAGGCGUACACUACAACGUCGGGCCCACCCCCGACGAUGUCGUGGUCAACCUAUACAACAAGCAGGACUACGUGACCACGCCUUUGUGGAAUGUCAUCGGCGUCAUCAACGGCACCAUUCCCGACGAGGUCGUCAUCGUCGGCAACCAUCGCGAUGCCUGGAUUGCAGGGGGAGCCGGCGACCCCAACAGCGGGUCUGCUGUGCUGAACGAGGCGGUGCGUUCCUUUGGGGAGGCAGUCCGUCAAGGGUGGAAGCCUCUCCGAACCAUUGUCUUUGGAAGCUGGGACGGCGAGGAGUACGGACUUGUUGGCUCCACUGAAUGGGUAGAGGAGUAUUUGCCCUGGCUCAAUCACGCCAACGUGGCCUACAUUAACACCGACGCCUCGGUCCGGGGCACCGAACUGCGGACAUCGGCAGCGCCCCUGCUUCAUAACCUCAUCCACGCUGUCACCGCUGUGGUCCCGUCCCCGAACCAAACCGUCCCGGGCCAGACAGUCCACGACCUAUGGAACAAGCAGAUCAGGACCAUGGGCAGCGGCAGUGACUUCACCGCAUUCCAGGACUUUGCUGGCAUCCCAUCCCUCGACAUCGGUUUUAUUUACGGCCCCGACUCACCCGUGUACCACUACCACAGCAACUACGACAGCUUCUACUGGAUGGAGAAGUACGGCGACCCGGGCUUCAUCUACCACCGGACCAUGGCGCAGGUCCUCAGCCUGCUCGCCGCCCGGCUAGCCGACCUCCCCGUCAUAUCCUUCCGCGCCGCCGAUUACGCCCAGUCUCUCGACCACUACGUGAAGCAGGUCGAAGACAAACUCGACGCGGCCCUCGCGCCCCGGUCCGCAUCAGCCCUCGAAACAGCAGCCCCCCUACUAUUGGACGACGACGCCUACUUCGAGCUGCGCGGCAGCACCCGCAACACUUCUACCACCCUCUCCGCCGCGUCCACCUCUUCCGCCGAAACCUUCAAGGCCUCCCUGCAGCGCCUGCACGAAGCCGUGGCCAAGCUAGCCGCGCGCGCCGCCAAGCUCGACAAGCGCGCCGACGAGCUCGAUGAGAAACUGCGCGCCCACAUCCCCUGGUGGAAGUGGCCGGUCAGGCUACACCUGGGAUGGCAGGUCCGCAAGGUCAAUACCAAGUAUAAGCUGAUGGAGCGUGCGUUCUUGUUUGAGGAGGGGUUGGAUGGGCGGCCGUGGUUCAAGCAUGUGGUGUUUGCGCCGGGGUUGUGGACCGGUUAUGCUGGUGCGGUAUUUCCGGGGUUGGUUGAGAGUAUUGAUGACGAGGACUGGGUGAAUGCGGAGAGGUGGGUAGAUAUCAUCGAGAGCCGCUUGAAGAAUGCUGCGCACCGGUUGUGA